GAUAAUUAGAGCGUGCAUUGGGUGAGUAUCUUGUUUACUUCAAUAGCAUCUCAUUUUUAGCAUGUAAGAACUGUACUGGGCAUGAAAGUUUUUUAAUUUCAGACAGAAGUCUGACUUUCAAGCAAAGUGGUUUCAUAUUCUAAGUCCCUGCAUGUGUGCUGAGCUGCUUGUUUGGAAGAUAGUUAUUCUAUUUAUGAAAUGCAAAUUGGGAUUUGCUCUUUCCUUGCACAAAUCCAAAAAUAGCAUCAGGAAGUCUGUACUAUUAAAUAUUUAUCUAAUCAUUUUAAUGGUUAUCUGCUGGGAGCACUGCCUUUUCUGUAUCUUGAUUGGGUGCAAGGGGGGAAGCAGGGAGGGAAGUGGAAUGAAUACAGGCUGUCAUGGUGUGGCUUUCUGUCUGUGGGAAAUAUUUGAAUACUUACCUGUAGAUAUCUGUUAUCACAGUUGUGCUAAACACAUCUUACUUGCAAGUGGAACAAAUAAACUUUUGUGCCUCUUCUUUCGAGACAAACCUAAAAGGUACAACGCUUUGAGACACUGGAGGCAAGUGUGUGUGUGUGUGUUUAAUUCAUACAAACACACAGACACAGAGAACACAAAAACCAAAAAAAGUUACAAAAUUUUCAGCUGCAUCUGACCUGAUUUUUAUUUUCAGUGACAGGCAAAGCAAAUAAAGCAAGUUUGUGGAAGGUGAGCUUUAUUCCACUACAUACAUUUGUGUCAUUUUGGGGGUGAGGGAUGGAAGUUGCUUUUUUUUGUUUGAGCUGAGCUAUGUGACAUCUAGAGAUACCCGAGAGCAUCUUACAUAAGUAUUUUUCUCCACUGUACUGUUUACAAUUUUCUUUAAUUUUACUCAGAGGGAGCAAGCAGCUACAUAAGCUAGUUUUGCAGAAGUUCUUCACUCAAGAAUUUCCUCUCUCACUUGAAUGCCACCCUUUCUGCUUUUAUUUUCUUGGAGUUGAGUGCUACCAGUCAGCUUUCCUUACUGUCCUAUCUUUUCACACUGCAGCUUAAAGCAUUUGCCUUGUCAUUUCUUAUCCUUGCCAAAGUAAAUCUAGCUUCAAAAUUCUUCUGGGACGAUAAAUGCAUUUAUGAACACAAUACAGGCCAAGUGUACAAUAUGGGCUUCUGUUUGCAGGUUGCUUGUGUUGGCUUUAAACUAGGAUUUAAAUACCUUGAUGCCAAAAACUCUUAUGUAAAGGGUGUCUUUGUGCGGAUAACUAUAUCAAUAAUGUGAAAUUUCUACAUAACACGUACUCCAGGACCAAAAGUCCUAAAGGAGAAGAUAAGGGGAAAUAAUGUUCAGUCUUCCAAAUGUUCAUUAAGUGCUACUGAAAUUUGUGUAAUUUUGGAAAAAUAAAUGUCAGUGCCUCUAUCAAGAGAAUUUUACAAUUAUAAGAAUCAGCUUUUGGUUUCAUUUAUUUUGAGUGGAUGUGAAAGCAAAACCUGCCUGAAGGUGUCUGUGAAAUACAACAUGUAAAAUAGAUUGCAAGCCCUGUGUUCUAGUUGAGCAGCACUACAUUAAAUAAGAAGUGCUGAAUAGACCUUCUGUGUGUUUUCUCUAUGUACAGUAUGUACAGACUAAUAGCACAGCGCGGAAGCUUCAGAGGUUUUUGCCUGCUUUCCCCCUUCUGCUUUGCUGUCCUUGUGUCUUGUAGGAAGUUAGUAUUGUUAGCAGAAAGAUGACCAGUGGUUAGCUAGAGCUGAGUAUACCAAAAAAGUAGGGCAUAUGAAAACCAGGUCAUAGUCUGUAGUGGAGAAUGCAUGUAUAGAUAAUGCUGCAGUUUUUGAAACAGCAGAAUGCAUCAAAGCUUGUUAGUGAUUAUUUCAGGUUCAUAAAACUCAGAAACAGUACACGAGGCAAUGACUCUGUAUAUCACAAGCAUAAAAGGUUAUUUUCUGUUGUUGUUAAAAUUCCAGGAGGAGCCAUAUUUAGUUUUGCAGCACCAAUAUGACUGUCUUGUAGUGGUUUAAUUUGAUUAAAAUGAUGUGUGGCUUCUUUCCAAGGUCACACGAGCAGUAGGCACAAUAAGCAGUAGAGAGUGUGUCAGUAAAUAAGGGAAGGGGUAACUGCCAGAAGGAAUUUCAGGGUCCAUCUAGGAACAUGAAUAUGUAUGAGUGUUAUGUAAACAACACUGAGUUCCAGUUUUGAUGUAGAUUGCAGUUCUAAGAAGCAUUAUCGUGAAUUUCAUUCUUUGCUCCCUUUGAUCAUAGCAUAGAUCGACUGCCUUUAUUACUAUAGACCACCCUUGAGAUACUUACAGCAGUUGUGGAAAUGUGGAAUUUUAAAGUAAUCUAGUCAGGUUGGAUUCUUCUGUUGUCAUAUUGUGCUUGACAAUUGCAGUGCAGUAGCUUGGUGAGGUUAGAAUGUAGGCACUAUUGGGAGGAAGAGGAUGGAACUUGUUCUUGGGUUUUCAGUGUGACUCGAAGGUAGUUCGCAGCAGCCUGAUGAAGUUUCUUCAUGUGGAGCAUGGAGGGACAGACACAGAGUUGUUUACACGGGGGUUAGGUUAUUCUAGGUUAGUCACUGCACUUCAGCAUUAAAUGGAUCCUUGGGCUGGAUAUCUUUGCCCUACUUGUAUUGUCAUUCAUGUGGAGGUGUCAAAGUACCUAGAGUAAUUCAGAUAUGUUGCAGCAUAACCAUGCAGUCUGUUCAGGGGAAGCCUAAUAAAAUCAGAUGUUUUUCCCAUAGGAAGGGACUAAAUCCAGGUGAAAUUUAAUGUAAUAUUUAAAACGUUUUUAAGGCGUUUCAGCUUGUUGCCGUGUGUCUAAGUUCCUUGACUAUGCUCUGCACUGCUUCAAGGUCAAGAUAUCCAGAAGUUUCUUUUCUCUCCUUAAAUGCAGGCAGACAUCAAAGUAUCAUUUUUCUCACCAACUGGAAGUAUAUUACACCUGCAUUGUUAGCUGUAUAUAAUGAGUGCCCUCUGCAGCAAAAUAGAAUCCUGAUACCUUAAGGAAAUAAUUUGUUUUCCCAUCCUGUGACUUAUAAAACUUGUAGCAAGUAACUGCAAAAAUCUAAACACUUCAGAACUGCAUAAACAUGGCAGAGGAGAGUGGGAACCACUGUUAUUCAGUGAUGAAAUAUUAUAUUUGCUUCCUUUAUUGAACCAUUUAGGAUUGUUACCAGAGUGACUAAAGUGCUCUUAUGUUCUUCAUGCUUCAGUAGUGUGACAGAGUAAAUCAUCAUCUCUGUGUAGAUCAUCAGUUCUGUAUAAACUGUGAGAGAAAGACAUUCUCUUAUGAAUGAUUCAAAAUAGUAGUUUUGAAUUGCUUAUGUUUUCUCUGGUAUAAAGAUAAAAGUCCAGACAAGAAAGUAGCUUUGCAAAUGGAGGUCAAAGCUCUUGUGCUUUUUGUUGAAAAUUUGUCAAUGUUUCUAUGUUGUUUUGUCUCAAAAUGUUUUCAUCCACCCCCUCUUGCUGCUUUUCCUCUUUCUUUCCUUCCCUUAAGCAAACUGUACUUGGUGCUCUUGUCUUGCUGGUGAUUUCCAUUGCUUACUAAACAUGUCUUUUCAGCAAUACCAGUUUUAAAAGCUCCCUGGCUAAUAACAAGCAAACAUCAUAAAUGUGUUUACUUAGGCAGCUGACAUCCUUUUUCAAUGACUUCUUCCCAAAGUUGUUCUUUGAUCACCUUGGGAGCUAUAAAAUUACUUCUGUGUGUUGCAAAGCAGGGCUCUUAAAAAAGGAUUCUGAAAGCCUGAGAUGCCAUGAGUUGCUUAACUGUUCAUAUCACUUUUUUUCCAUCCCCCUGAAGAAUAAGUGAAGUACUGGUUAAAUGUCUGACACUACAGUUUAAUGCAGCACCAUAGAAAGAUACCCAACACACUGAAUCCUACCAAGUAUUCUAAAUCCAGAAGUCUGCUGGAGAAAUUUUAUACAAGACAAGUAUCUUAAAUAUUUGUGCCACCCACCAAGGAAAAAAAUAGUUCAGAAGUAAAGCCAGCUUAUCUGUUCUGAGCAAGAGAAGUUGAAUAGCUGGAAACCAUUCAUCAUAGGGGGAUUUUGAAUUUAAUCAUGUUCCUGUUUAAGUCAAUGACAUUCUGCUCCUGACUUAAUCUGUUCAAGACUGGGUACUAAAUGACCUGCCUGAUGUGCCUGAUUUCAGUCUUAGUAGGUCAUAGCUUCAGGAGGUAUGUGCAUGACAACUGAAUGGAGAUUGUUAUUUUCAGGUGUUACAGCUCUGUGUUUCAGGGUUUGUAAGUACAAUUUGUACUCUAUGCAAGUCUCAUCCAAUGGAUGUGUUUACAAUACCUAUAAAAUAAAGAUAGCAGUAGUGAUUUCAAAGGUAGCCUCAGUAGCAGAAAAGAUCUGCUAAGCUCAUCCAAAACCCCGCCCCCCCAAACAACAAAAGAAGCUCUCCAACCCAACAAAAAACAUGCCAGAGUCAAAACAGAGUAACUUAUAUGUGAUGUUAACAUUUAACCUGUGCAUAUAUUUAAUAAAGUAUGAAGAAGAAUUGAAAUGGGGAGCUUUGCCCCAAAAUGAGAGAGAACAACUGGUAUGCUACUGAAAAACAGAUGCAUAGCAACUUGCAUUCUACUCCACUGUAGCAGUGAUGUUGGAUUUUGUUAUUCCUUCACUUAAAUAGAUUAAUUAUAUGUGAAGGAUACCCCAAGUAUUUGCCAAUAUGAAAUAAAUAGAAUUGUUGCUUCAAGCUCAACCUCAUAAAAGAAAAUUGGAGAGUAAAUUGUUGGAGUAAAUUGGGGAGUAAAUAUAAAAGACAUUGCAAAUAAUCUCUACUAGUACCACUGCAUAUUCUAAGUGUGCAUGUUUUCCCACUUGACAUAUCUAAUAGGUGAAAAGGCUCUGGCUGCAAGUUCUAUUGCUGUGAAGUAGGUUAGGGUUUGAAAAUGACAGGCAGCUACACUUACACGUACUUGAAUAGCUUUUAAAUUACUUCAGGGGGUUUCCAGUGUGGUGAAACAAGGCUUAUACUGCUAAAUCUGCCUCUUCCAGUUUUGCAGUUUGUGCGGAUUAAUCUCUUACCAUAGUAGAAAUGGCUUGCAGCAUUCAGACAAAUGAAGUAGUACUACUUAUUCAGCCCUUCUGAUCUGAACUUCCUAAAAAAUACAGCAAUAGAUUUCUUUUGAGGAACAUACCAUGGCAUUUCAGUGGUGGAAUGCAACAUUUUGAGUGUUAGCCAAGUGUCUCACUGUCUUGUGUUACCCUUCUUUCUUUGCUGGCACUGAAAACUGAUGUGUGAAGGAGAGUAGAGUUUCUUCCAUUUCUAGUUAAUUUCAUUUUCUGUUAAGUAAUGUGUAGAUUGGGACCACAGUUACCACUCUCACUGCCAUGAAUGGCAGGAAAUGGCGAUUUCUGUUUAUAGAGAUUUGCUAUUAAUUUAGUAUCAUGUAGUGAAACAGCAUUGCUAGUGUUUUUAUUAUCUUAAAAAAUUUUAAUGUCUCAGUAUUGCAAUGCAUAGGAAUAACCUGGGUCCAAAGGUGAUGGAUUUGAUGUCUUUGGGGAAGUUGUGGUAUUCGAAACAGCUCUUGACUGUUUCACCCAAUAUCAUCCCAAAACCUAACUUAUUUGGAAAAUUAUUUGCAAGCAGACCCUAUCUCUCCUGGCUUGUCUUUUAGAAAAAAAAACCCAAAACUGUGAAGGCUGCACUGGUCAAGCAGUCUAGCUGGAAUAGUGUUGUUACAGUUCAACAAUAACAGGUUAAAAGUUUUCACUGUUAACAACUAAAAAUGUUUGCCCUAUCACCAGCACCUUUCUAACCACGUCCACCAGCAGGUCACAGAAUAUUGUAUCUGUUCUGUCUCCUACAGGGACAACAAAAUAGCAUUUGAUCUGCUGAAAAAUGAAUGUAUUGGCAGUGUUACUUACAUCUUAAAAUAGUGUAAAUAACCCCCCAAAAACAACAUCCCAUUUAACUUAGCUGUCCAGAUACUCAAAUGUGGAAAUAACUCACCUUAAAUAACCUGUGUUGUAUCUGCACAUGAUGUUGCUUUACAGUUGCUAUUUACAAACCUUUCAUUGGUAUCAUCUUUACUGAUGUCUAGUAAUUGUAGCUAGGGCAUUAAAUAACCUGGGGUCCUCUGUUCAACUCCUGGUUAAAUAUAUAUUUGCUACUUCUUGUCAUGAUAGUGUGCUGCUUGUAUGCUUAAAGCAAGUAAAAUAUCUUUCUCAGGAUCCUUGUGUAAACAGUUUGUAUGUGAUGUUAUGGAAAUACUUCUAGUUAGGCAGGAAAUAGAACAGCUGGGAACAUCUGUGGUGAAAUUCUUUUAAUGAAAGCUCAUCCUUUUCUCAAAGAGAACUAGCAGGCCUUCAGUAGAAAAGUCACAGUAUUACAAAUGGUACUCAUUUAUUGCUUAACUUCUGUAAUAAUAAUUUUACACUUUCAGAUACUGCUUGUAUCAGAAGCAUCUAAAUUAUUAAAAAUGUUAUGUUUGUAUUUAUUAUAUGAAUAGACUUUGUGCUAAGCCUUGUCAGCUAUUUUAAAUCAUAAAACAGGAUUAUUGGAAAUGUUUUCUGCAAAAGGAUAAGUGAACUUUCUUAGAAAGCCAGUUGCAAUUAUUCUACUCCAAAUAAAACAGAAGACUAGAAAAAAUUUGCUUUUCUUAGCCUUAAACAUGGCUAUGUUGUGUAAGAAAUAUAAUAAGUCUUGCUUAUUUCCACAAAUAUUAUUGUACAAUCUACCACCUGCUUAACUCUCUUAUCAAGUUAAAACAUUUUGCCAAUUAAAAAGAUAAAAGGUCCUGAUUUGAAAUGAGUAGCAUAACCCUAUUUAACCUGUAUUUCUGUAUUUCAAGAGGGAUCUCAGGGUUUAAGGUAAAGGAAAGCAAGAUGUGUUUGUAAUGUGCAGUGAAUAUUUUUCUUGCUGCCUUUGUUAGUGGCACAAGUAAAGGUACUCAUACUGGGAGAUUUUUCUUGAGGAUUAAUCUCACAUAUGGAUUUUGGUCCUUGUGAUAACUUAUGGGCAUGCCCCAGUGAACACCACACUUACCUGAGGUGUCAGCUCCUCAGGAAGAUUUCUGUUGUCUUCUUUCUCUUCCUCCCUCCCUGCCCACCACCCAGUUAAGCAAAAAUCUGUGUGCCAUCUUUGUAGUUUGCUAGCUUGAGCAGGAGAGACUCAGGCGAACAUAAAGUACAAGGAGUGAUAUGUUGAAUGUUUUAAACCUUCUCCACAGGAACUGCUUGGUCCCCACAGCAAGCAUGAUAAGCAGUCCCUCCUUGAUGGAAGUACUGGUAGCUGUCAGGCAAUGUUUGCCAAAAUGGUCUUCAGUUGUGCAGCUUGAUUGGAAGUGGCUGGAAGGAGAGGUCCCUUAGCUGCUCAGCAAGCAGCAGAAGAACUUUGUGCCUCUCAAAGGGUGGAGACGUAUUUUUAGCUGAUGAAAGUGCUGCCCUGUUCUCUGUUUUGUUUUCAGCUUGGCAAGAUGUUUUCAAAUAGGCUCCGAAAUGUUGCACUUAGGCCGUUCUGAAACAAUGGUGUGCAAUGUCCCAGACACCUCCCUGGGGAGAUAUCUUUACUGUUUAAUAGCAGGAAAACUGCUUAACAUGACAGGAAAGACACAAAUAGGUCCUUGAUGUGGUGACUGCCAAGAUCUAUAUAAGCACAUUUUGUGUGUCUUUUGAAAAUGUGGAUUUUCAGCAGUACUUAGAGCUGGUAUGAGGCACUUGAGAUGUGAUAUUUUCUGUCUUGAACUUGCAGUGAAGCAUGGAAGAUUGAGUUCACAUGAAUGAUUUUAACCAGCAGCAACUGAAGUGCUUCUAUUAAGAUGCUGUUCUAUUCUCUUGACCAGCAAUUGGUUUUUCACUGCUAGGGUAGAUUUCAAGUUUAGUUUAAGACACAUGUUCAUCUACAUUGGUAUUCCUUAAAACAUGCUAUGCUGCUGUCUCCUUAAAUACAAUUUCCUAAAGUUCUGAGUUUAAUUUUGAUAGAUAACAUUUUCUUUUAUUCUUCAGGGACUUAAAGGUAAUUGUGCUGGUAUGUGUAAUCAAAAAGAGUGAAAAGCACAAGUGCUUAAACUUCAGAUUAGAAAAACGACUUUCACUUGUGUGAACCAGCCCAGUGGGGGUGAUCAUGUGCAAGAAACAUUUUUAGUGUUUUAGAAAAUCAGUAGUGAUCUAGUAGAGAGUAACCCAGAGUCUUAACUGAGCUGUGAAACAAUGUAGAAAUAGGUAAUCCUUUAGGUAGACACAGAAAAGUUUAUUGCAACUUCCCUUUUGUGAUCUUGUCAUGCCAAGGUAGUCAUCUGCCAAGAGGGUAAUGGUAUGUCUCUGCCCUGUUGUGUGGAAAUGACAGUACAAAUUACGAUUCUUGUAAAGUAAUUACUUGGUUAUUUUUUAGUCACGGGAAAACACUAAAUCUGGGACUGAUCCUGAACUUGUCAAAUGAAGUCAGUGCAGCUGGGGAGGAGCAGCCUGCUGGGUUACCAUUUUGGGCUAUGAUUAAAACCAAUCAACAUAAUGAUUGGAGCAAAGUCACUGAGUAAUGCCAUAGUCAACAAUGAUGAAACCACUGCAUCAGUGUUUUCUGCAUAGCCCCUAAGAGUGCUAGGACUGAUUCUUGAACAGAUUUGGCAAUUUGAUCAGUUACUGUAAACUUUACUUUUCUGACUUCAUUUCCAGCCUAUAAGCUUAAUCAUGCUUAUAUCAUCACUGAAUUAUUAUUUGUUUUAAACCUUGGGAAAAAAUUCAUGUACUAGCUUUGUCUCUAAAUUGGGUUGUACUCUAUUUUAUACUCAGAAAUUUAUGACUUCUCUUACAAAGCGAAUCUAUAGGUAGCAAAAAAGAGAAUUUGGAUGCUAACUGUUAGUUUUGUAACUUGAUAUUGCAAACUGUGGCCAUCAAUUUUUAAGGAAAAUGUUAGAAUUUAAUUUUUUAGUGAUCUUUUGGUAGAUAAAAUAUAUUGGAUAACUUAGCCCUGAUUAUAGUGCUUCCUUACAUGCUUAGAAGUGCUGUCACCUUGCUUUUUAAAGAACAUUAUCAGUGAAUUUUAUUUUUAAUCUGAAUUUGCUUUUAAAUGGCUGUAGAGUUUCAUGAACACAGGAAAAUAAAUGUGUUUCAGCUUCAGAAACACUUUCAGUACAAAGGCAAUAAUGCAGGCAAGGCUUUGGAGGCUCUCUAAAUUCCCACUGUCUGCCCUACUUUUUCUUCCAUAAUAUCCUUUAGGCAGGAUUUCAGUGCCAUAGUUAAGUCAGUGACAUUUGUUAGAGUCAUAUAACAUCAGCUCACACUAGUGUGAUUAGAUAAAUAGCUUCUGAGUUCAAACUAAAAGCCAUUCUGUCCUCUCUAUCCAAGAUAGCUGCAGAUACUGCACAAGGAAAAAUGUCGCAUAUUAAUGUACUAGUCUUGUGGUCAAAAAUGUAUUUUUCAAGUCUCUUCUUUGUACAUUUGUUUUCAAGGGAAGAAUAUGGUUCUUUGCAAAUUACUAAGCCUUACAUAUGCUCUUCUUUGAAGGACUUUGAGUAGCUGAGGAAAAAAAAAAUCAAGUUCUUGAAUCUAACAUUAGUCUGAGCUAAUAUAUGUUCUCACUGUUGGCUAAUAUGUUGGUUGUGAAGAAAGAAUUACCAUAUUGAAUAAGAAGCAGGCACAGUUGACAAAGUGAAGUUCAGUGAUUCAGUCAAAAUUCCAGAUUCGUUCUGGGUUAAUUGUUUUGUUGGUUUUCUUUGUCUUUAUUGCAACAAAGUAGACUUCUGUAGUACAUCAGCCAAAAGCAGUUUGCAGAUUUAAAAUAUUAAUUGCAUAUGCUAUUAGGGUCGUGUUUGGAGUUGUUUCUAGUCCUUCCUUGGGUUGUUGAAAGCCAAGUUUUGUAUGUAGAUAUAGAUUUAAUUUAUGAUGCAAAAAAAUAAGUCUGUGAACUUCUCUUACUUGGAUUUGUAAGUAACAGUGUCUCUCCCAGUUACUUUAUGUUUAUCCCUAGCAUAACUUAAAAUGCUUGUCAGCUCUUUUGGAAGGAAGCAUGUUAAAAAGUAGUUAAAAAACAAUUAAGCUGUUCUCACAUCUGACUUUCCAGAACAUAGGAGACUGCUCUGUGUGCGUGAGAGCAGAAGAGAAAACUCAGAUAGCCUUUUAGUAUCUAUGUGAAAUGUGGCAUGAAGAAAAGAAAAACUCAAGUCAGUAAUUUCAUCUAUGUGAAAUCAGGUUGGGUUUCAUGUGGAAGAAAACAUACAAUUAAAAAAAUGCAGCAAGUUUCACCUUCUUUGUGAUAACACUUGAGGUAAAACUUUUGAGCAGUAAAAAUAAUUUUGAGGUAAAAUAUUUGAGCAGUCUGGUGAAAUGCCUGUUGUGUCUAGGUAGUGUUUACCUUGCUUCAACAAGGAGUGAUGUAAAUAGUUUCAGGAGGCUUUUUCCAGGCCUGUAUUCUUGAUGUUGAGCAAGGUAAGGUGGACUGUGGUAUUGAAGAAGGAAUACUUUCAAGUGUUGCAGCUUAAACAGCUUCCUCCUUUCUGGCUGUGUUUCAACCAUUUCACCCAUGGUAACAUGUGAGGGCUAGGAUCCUCACAAAGGCUCAAACAGGAAGAGGCCUCUAUUGGCAUCGUUCUGCUCUUGGGUCUUGUGUGAAGGUUUUCUACACGUGUCUGUAACACACACACACUCUGAGUGUAUCCAAGGAGGAUAUGGAGAAACAAAGUGAUCAGGAUUUGUACUGGGGGGACAGUUCAUUGGAUCUGGAGUAGUUUGUGAACAGUAUGAGCUAAUCAUGGUGAGACCCCUGUCCCCAAUGACCCUGGGUCCUGAUUUUGUGGACAGAGGCUGCAGAACGAAGGGCAAAAAUGUGGCAAAUCCUGUACUUGCAAUGAAGCAGUAGAGGGCACCAGACAGUAAGGAGCAACUUUUUGUACAGGAGUUAGGGAGAGAACAGACUCGGAGGAAGUAGGAGCAGAAGGGAGAGACACCAGUCUUCAACAUCACUCCAUGCUUGGGCUUGGUUUUUUGGGAAGUUGUGUACUUCAUGGAUGACAAAGCACAGCUGCAACUAUAAGAAAAAGGAGAACUGCUUGACAUGUUUUUUUGCUUAAUCAGAGAAAAACCUGAACUAGAAACUUACUGAAACGUAAACCUCUUAUGUAAAAUAAGUAUAGCUUCCAGUAUAUUGUAUAUUUUAAAGUCAGUAAAUUCAAAGAUUUAAGGUUGCCUGUAAUGUAUCUGAUGAACUGCUGUAGCAGAGUUCAGAUACCUAAACUGAGGAUAAUACAUUGAGAUGUAGUUUAGUCUUUAAUUCAGUCCUCAUUGGCCAAAGUAUCAGCACACUGUAAUAUGCUCAUGCAAUUACUUUCCAUCUUCUUGUCAUAUUUUUAAUUAAAAAUUGACAACAGUGGGGGUUUUUUAAGGUAGAUGAAGUAUUUCAUUAAUGUAGAUAUGGUCAAUCCCUCUCAUAUCAAAAUACCCAUGCUCUAGGCUUUCUAGUACAAUAAGCUAGUUCUGCCAUCUUCCUUUUUUUUUUCCCCCCAGACAGUGGUAUGUAGCACUGUAUGGGUAACUAACAUGUGUUAGGCUUUGUCCGUUCAGAACAAGCUAAAAAAAAAACCCAAGUAUCAAUGUCAUCCUUGGUUGUUUGGAAAAUGACCAGUACAACCCUGAUGCACUGGUAGCCUAUCUGGUGAAUGUUAUAGUUGUUUUCUGUGAAUUGCAUUGCAUUCCAAAUUAGUUUGUUUUGUUUGUGGUCAUCUCUGAAUGUAUGGUGAGCUUAUUAAUAUCUUUAUCUUUGUAGCAGACAUGUGACUCAUAUUCCUGCUUGUUCUUUACUAGCUAGAUCACACACAAUCAUGCGGAAUAUUCUGAGGUGGAAAGGACCCAUAAGGGUCAUUGAUUGCAGCUCCCAAGUGAAUGGCCAUAGAGGGAUUGAACCCACAACAUUAUCAUUAGAACCAUGCUCUAACCAACUGAGCUAUGAAGAUUUAAUUCAGUUCUGCAUAUUAUAGUUCCUGUUAACUUGACAAAAUACACUGUGAAUGCGGAGGCAAAAUCACUUUUUAUAGUGGGUGUUCAAAGCCCAACCAGUGUUUCUGUAAAACACUCCUGUGGUACAUAAAGUAAAAGAUGUUACGGGAGCCAUAGGGAGAUUUUAGAAGAACAUAAAUGCUUUUCAGAUUUCCCUUUCCUUUUCAUUACUGUGUGUAUAAAGAUAAUAUCCAGUUCUGGCUGGAAAUGGGGAAUGAAAAGGGGUCGAUUUAAAAUGUUGCACUGAAGCUACAAGUCAGUGCUGUAAUAAAGUCAGUGGGUGAGGAUAGACAGAGACUUCAGGAACAGUACUUCAAACUGAAUGCCUGGAAUAAUAUGUGAUGACUGUGCACUCACCCUCCAGGCUGUACAGCAUUUAGAAAUGCUGAAGAACUUGUGUACCCCUGAAAAAAAAAAAAGGCAGAGAGAUUUUUUGCUGUAUGUUUUAGUCCUGCUGAGUCAGUUUAAGCAUCUAGGUCAGGUUUCCCUACCUGCAGUUAAAUUUUGUUCAGUUCUUGCAUCUGACUUAAAAGCCUCUGUGAUGGUUGAUUGGUUUCUUCAGAACAACUUGAAAUGGACUUGAUGACAUCUGAAAUAAGCUGGUGUUCCUGGGCAUGGGCUAGUACUUGACAUUAAAGAAGGGAAACUCAAGAAGUUACAGCAAGAGUAGAGGAAAGGGAGGGCUGCUGUGCUGCUUUAGGAAGCAUUUAGUUGUCUUCUUAGGCUUCACAUCAAGUUGAUGCAGGGGGAGAUGCAAGAUGAAAAGUGCUGUUUCUCGUCACCCAUUUGCUUGGAGGCAAGACCACAGAUAAAGAAACUUCUGAGGUACAGCAUCUGAAGCAUUUCAGUUGAGCAGAUGAUGCAGGUACAACUCUGAAGAAUGAAGUCUCUGCUGCAAACUAGAACUGGCUCCUGACUGGCAUGCUUGAAGUGUGAACAGAGCAAGUUGGGACUGUCUGCAUCAGCUUAUACAGACAGGCCUGAGGCAGAGCUUAGAAACAAAACAUCACUUCUUCAGGAGUCUGUGUUUGUACAAUCACCAGCCUCGACUGUGAGAGGCACAGGAGGAAGGUGCAUGUUCACCACUUGCCAAGAUGGAUGCAGGCAAAAAUUACAGUUGACCAAGCUGUGGAGGGCCUGGGGGGCUCCUUGCCAGGCUGUCUGCAGACACCAUUAAUUUAGUUUUGUGAUCGCUGUCCCUGUGUAUUUGUCCAACCCGGCAUAUAUUAUAGCCCAGAGCAGGAGUUUUGGAAGAAUUUAAGGUGGUAAUUUACAGCUAGCUGAAUUUCCAGGUCCUCUCAAACCUAAUGUACUGCUGGAGAUUAAACCCAGCAGCUUCCUUAUUUGCAUGGGUGUUCUUAAGUUGUCCUCUCCUAAUGAGCAUAGCUUGUCACAAGGCAAACUUUAAAAUUACAGCCAUGAGAUUAAACGGCAAAUCAGUCUUCCUGUUGCAUUGCUCAAAUAACUUCUACACAUUGUAAUGGGGGAAGACAUAAUUAGAGCUGUAGAAAUAGGGGUGCGUUGUGUUUGCUGGUUGGCAACUGUCUAAAAGAUUUUUGUGUCUCUGUAAUGCAAAAGAAAUACCUUAAAAGCAAAACAAAAGACACCCCCAAAAAACCCUCAAACAAAUCUCACACAAAAUAGACCAGAUUUUAUUUAAGUAAAAUAAGUCCUUUUUUGUUCUGCCCUAAUUCUUAAUGUACAAUUUAGAGGAAAUCCUUAACAGUGGUUGAUCCAUGUUAGUCUAUGAAAUCAGGAGUUUUUUUCCUAAACAAGAAAAACUGUUAACACAGUUGAGAUGCAUCAAGGAUAGAGACAUCUUAGCUGGAGCAGAAGCUGAUGUGCAGCAGGUGAAAUGGGUAAUUGUGAGACAGUGAAUUCUAGGUUCUGAAUCCUGUGCAUUGAUAAAAUGUUCUCCCUCUGUUGUUGGCUAUCAGGUAUUCCUGUUGAGAGACAGGUUGUAAAAUUCAGAGUAGCAGCAACUUCUGUGGACUUCACAUUUGCUUUGUAAUAUUAACCUAUAAAUUUAAUUUUAGAUAAGACUUUAAAGAGUGUCUUCCAGAGUGGAGAAAAGUAAAGGAAAUCUGUCUGAAAUCUAUGUCAAGAGGGUGAUCUUUACAAAUUGACAAAGAUUCCUUAUGAUCAUUUAGCUCAUCUUAGUUAAGUGAGGAAGAUCCCAAACACAUUGACUGCAUUCUGGAUAGAAUUAAUAUAUUCAUACAGAGCAAGAGUCCAGCUUCCAAGGACAGGUUUUCUUCAAUAUAUUACAUUAUAGCAGAGAACCCUUGGCAGUUAGGGGUGGGUGUGCAUGCUGAAAUCACUGCUCCAUGGAAUCACUCUUUGUGUAGCUAUACGUUUAUAAUCAUCAGAAAGUGAAAUUAUGCAGGAUGGCACUUUAGCUAUUUAUCUUAGUAUAAACACAGAAUUCAUGUUAACUGUCUAAACUUUCUAGGAAGAUUUAGAUCUUGGAGGUUACAUCCAUGAGUCUGGGACUACCCUCCCUUUCACCUGUUUUCCAGCUUUAUCAUAGAACAGAGUGGAAGAACCAACAGAACAGAGUGGAAGUAAUUUCAUAUGGAUUUUGCUGUCUGACAUGGUCUUCGCAAAUGGUUCACCAAGUGAGAUUUUUAGGAACCACUAAGGUAGGGUGAAGAGUGGAAUGAAAACUUACACUGCUCAGCUGAAUUAGUGCAGCUCAUGGUCAGGGGAUGCAGAAGUACUGCUACUGCUCUUACCUGGCUCUCUUCACCUACCUAAAUCUUUUGUCAAACAUGUUACCUGGAUUCAGACUUCAGUUUGAGCUUCUGCAACCCAUGUGCUAGUCUUUAGUGGUGACUGUGUGAAUAAUAAUGCUUAUGAGCUCUUGGGAUAGCUAUUCAGCUAGGAAUGAUGCAAGGAGCCAAAAGGGGAGGAAAUGAUACCUGUGGCCUGUAGCUGUGCUGGGAUAUGCUAUCAGAAAGUCCAUGUCUGGCCUUCUGGCAGGUGAUACAGAGACUUGGGAAAAACAUCCAGCACUGACUUUGUGUUUACCAGGGGCUGUGAUAGCAAAAGAUUUGGGGAAUACCUGCAAGCCACGAGGUACUCUAUGCGGAAGAUGCAUCUCUGAUACCUUCCUGGUCCUGUUAGUGUGUCUGGACUAGUGUUGGAGGAGAACUGGCAAACUAGCAGUAAACUUUCACUGAAGGCAAGAGUCCCUAGAUUGGCCUUUUGGCCAGCAGCACUAUGGUGAUUUGGAAAUCCUGAAUCUUUCAUGCACGGGCUAUUGGCAUUCCUAGUGAUGUUUCCCAGCCCAAAACAAUGCUGAGGGGAGUUAUUGCAGUUAUUGACAGAUAGCAGGGGUUUCUGCUCUGGGAUCAUUACUGCCUCUUAAAGUAUCCUGGAGUCAUGACAGGGUCAAAUGUGUGGUGUAUAAGUUCUCCUGAGUUCCAGGUUGUGUGGUCUGAGUCCUUGGUCUGCUGGGUGUUGUGCUCAGUACUUACUUGCUUACCUCUGUAAAAGCAGAGACUGACACCUUCUGUAGACCAAGAUCUACACGGUAUUGGUCAUUUUUUCCAAAUUGAAUCCAGUGACUGCGGAAUUAAACUGCUGUAUAACACAACAGCUAACAGCCUGGUGCCAUUAAUCUAUCUGUUUUCACAUGGAGCUUAGACCUAUUAAGAGUUUUAAAAGUAAAAAUAGGAAGCCUGCAUUUUUCCAUAGAAAAGUUUACACUCAGACCUGGUAGCUAAAAGGCUUGGCCUCCUUAACAUGGCAAAAAUAUCUCAUUAGUAAUUUUCCCUAUAUUGCUGUGAUAAGCCUUUAUUGUUUGUGGAUUAGAGGGUUUCAUCAGGAACUGUGUUCUUCCAGAGAUUGCCAGAAGGGUGUUGUUUGCUGUGUGAAUAAGGAGAGCACUCAGUGAGUGUGGGGCAUUAUCAGACGUGUCCACAGAUGUACACCUGAACCUCACAUUAGCAGGACAGGUGCAUAAUCACCUUGUUGAAUACACAGUUGAAAUUACUACAUGCUGUUGAACUGUUUGGCUUUCAGCUCCUGCAGGCGAUUCAGGCUUCCUUUGAGCCUUUGUGUCGUAAAGGAAGGGCCAGUGCUUUCUCGCAGACUGUUUGGCUGCGUUGCAACAAACCUGGUUACUGAUGCCCAGGCAUACUUUGAUUGAUGCACAGAUCAAAUGACUGUUGGGAGUGGCUUUUGGGGUGACGUCCCACGUACAAUGAUGUCAGCAAAAGAUUUUAAAAAAUUCAGGUGUGGCAUAAUCUGCCAAUUAAACUGAUUAGUGCUCUGGCUGAGUCCUGAGAAGGAGCUCUGACUGCAGCCCUGCUUGUUGAAGUCUUUCAUGUAGUGCCUUUGGCUCACCUUGUACGAGACUUUUAGCAAGUGCCUUCACUGCAGGGUGCUGUAAAUUGUAGGAUAGCACCCCAAGGGCUGGGUGCUAGCUCGCUUGCCAUCAGGGGAAAUCUGAUACUUGCUCACAGAUGUCCCUGACCUGACCGUGUAGAAGCUGUGACAGUGGAAGAGGUCCUGAAACUCCCGUGGGAUCAAGAUGGAGUGCAUCGCUGCUCUGUUGGCAGAAGUGAAAGCUAGCCAGGAGGCAAUGCAGGCUGGACAGAAGGCACUAAAGCAUGAUGUGGAAACAUCUCAGAAGGAAAUCAGAACGGUGUUAGCAUUGCAGAGGAGCCAGCAACAGGUGAAGGAAGAUCUCAAAGCAGAGGUGAAGUCUAGUCACUUGGAUAUAAGAACUGUGCUUGAGGAAAUCCAGCGAGUAAGAGAAGAAAUGGAAGCUCGAUUAAAUACUCAGGCUGAUCUGGUGUUACUAAUCAAAGAAGUGAGCACCAAUUUAACAUGUGUAGACAAAGCUUUCCAGAAAAUGGAGGAGAGGCAAAAAGUUUUUACCAGCCUGCAUCUUCCUACAAGAGAAAAUGUUGAGCAAGGAUUUUUCUUUGAAAAAUGCUUACACCAGAUGCACAUGGGUUUUGAAAGACCUGUGGAAGCUAACAGUUUGGAUGAUGAAUGUGAAAAGAAGGUGCUUGGGGUUGACAAGGGCAAGCAGCGAAGUGCCAAGAGCUCAUGCAUACGGACUCAAGCUUCCACAGAUGCACGUUCACCUGGCACAAAAGCAGCCGAGUUGACACAGUACAAAACAAAAUGUGAGACCCAAAGUGGAAUCAUCCUGCAGCUGAAAAAAUUCCUGACAUCCAGUAACCAGAAGUUUGAAGCAUUAACAGUUGUCAUCCAGCACCUGCAGUCUGAGAGGGAGGAAGCACUGAAGCAGCGGAAAGAGUUAUCUCAAGAACUAGUUAACCUUCGAGGAGAACUAGUAACCACUUCUGCAGCUUGUGAGAAAUUGGAAAGAGACAGGAAUGAACUGCAAGUUGCUUAUGAAGGGUAUUUGCAGAAGUUAAACCAGAAACAUAAUGAUGACUUAGCUGAGGUGGAGGAGAAGCUUAAACAGUUUUACACUGCAGAGUGUGAGAAACUCCGAAGUGUCUGCAUUGAGGAAGCUGAAAAGUACAAAGCCCAACUCCAGGAGCAGGUGGACAAUUUAAAUACCACACAUGAAAGCUUUAAGCUGGAACUUGAAAACAGACACUCAGAAAAAGUAGAGGAGCUGAAAAAGGAGUAUGAAUCCUCUUUUUCAGAGCUCAAGAGUACCCAUGAAUCUGAAAGGAAGACGCUUGAAGAUUCCUUUAAAGAGAAGCAGGAGUUGCUGGAGAAAAAAAUCGAUGAACUAAGAAGUGAAAACAACUCUCUGAGUGAGAAGCUGAAAUUAGAAGAACAAAAACAAAUAGCCAAAGAAAAAGCCAAUCUUAAAAACCCACAGAUUAUGUACCUGGAACAGGAACUGGAAAGUUUGAAAGCAGUGCUGGAGAUCAAGAAUGAGAAACUCCAUCAGCAGGAUAUAAAGCUAAUGAAGAUGGAAAAGCUGGUGGAGAACAACACAAUCUUAAUGGAUAAAUUAAAGAAAGUUCAGCAAGAAAAUGAAGAAUUAAAAGCUCGGAUGGACAAACACAUGGAGCUUUCAAGGCAACUUUCUACAGAGCAAGCUGUUUUACAGGAGUCACUGGAGAAAGAAUCAAAAGUAAACAAACGCCUGUCAAUGGAAAAUGAAGAACUUUUGUGGAAGUUGCACAAUGGUGACCUAUGCAGCCCUAGAAAACUGUCUCCCAGUUCUUCAUCUGUGCCUCUUCAGUCCCCACGAAAUUCUGGUAACUUCUCUAGUCCUGCAGUGUCACCAAGAUGACAUCUCUUGAGAGAAAGAGGGGCCUGCAUUUCAUUUCUGAUCUGCAGAACCUUUCCUAACUUUAAUCACAGGAGCAAGAGCUAUAUUAGCCGCCUAUGACAACUAAACAUAACUGGAAACCAUGUGUUGCAAAAACAGCGAUAGGAGACUGUGAAUAUGGGAGUAAGACAUUCACUCCUCCCAAAAAGAC